AGUCACUGUAGGGUCACUGUGCACACAGUAUGCACACGUAGACACGCAGCUCGCACCGCCGCAAGCCACGGUAUAAACAUGGCAAAUUUUGCCAAGGCACAGCUCUUGAAAUAUGGAUGGACAGAAGGCAAAGGACUUGGAAAAAAUGAAAGCGGCAUUUCAGAACCUAUAAAACCCAAGUUAAAAUUUGAUCAUGCAGGUAUAGGUCAUGAUUCAGCAGAACAAUUCACAUAUCACUGGUGGGAAAAUGUGUUUAAUGAAGCAGCCAAAAACAUAUCAGUUGAAUCAAAUGAUCAAGGGAUUUCAAUGAAGGUCAUUGAUGAAGAUACAGUUGAUAUAACUACAAAAAAAUCAAGCCUCAAAGCUUUGAAAAAAAAUCACAAGCUCCAGUAUGGAAAUUUCUUGAAGACUUCUACCCUCUUGAAUGAUGGGAAGGUAAUGGAAGAGAACACACCACAUAUAAACAUAGCCACCAAUGACAAGAAAAUGAAUCACGUCGAAUUAACGGAUGAAGAUUUGUUUAAAGCUUGUGGAGGAAGAACAGCACACAAAGGUGCAAGACAUGGGUUAACAUUAAAUGGAAAAUUGGCACGAAUUGCAGAGCAAGAAAAGCAGCUGCUAGCAAAAAUGAAACUCAUCAAAGCAGAGAAAGCUGCCUUGAGUUCUAGUCUUGCGCAAGUGGUAGGGGACACUUGUAACUUUGAAACAGUGAAGUCUAAACGGCAUGCCAAAAGUAAAAAAAAAACAGCAAAAACUCGUCCUGAAUCAGUGAUGAUUGCUGAUAAUCUGGUAAAUGGUACAGGGCCACAGCCAAGCUGUUCCUACACUAAAUGUCCCGAUGCUGAGGAGAAUUUAGAUGCAUCAAUUUCAAAUUGUAAAAAAAAGAGGACUAAAGGGAAUAAACGAAAGUCAUCGGAUAUUCUUGAAGAGUCAACGAAACUUGAUAUAGACGUUAUUAAAGAUCAAUGUAUAUGGCCAGAUAUUAUUGAGUCAAAUCAGUCGGUGCUGAAUGAUGAUGCAAAUGCCAUUGAACAAGAUGACGAACUUGUGAUUCCACCAAUAACUGAACAGCCGAGACUGCAUAUAAAAUCGAAAAAGGGUCGAAAAAAAGAAAGAAGAAAAAUUAACGACCUGACAGAACAACUGGACACCGCCUGUAUGAUCGAUGAAUCCAUAAGAGUAUCCAGAAAACGAAAAGGGGACAGUCGAGAAAUCGUUAAAGAUAUACUGUCAACUAUUCUUGAACAAUAUAGUCCUACAGCCAAAAAAUGCAAAAAAAUACAUAAGCAGGAUAAUGCUAGUGAUGAGGCAAUCGAAGCAGAUAAAUUAAAUAGCAGAAUUUUCAAGAGAAAAAAAAAUGCGCACCAACGUAAAGAGAAGCACAAAUUAGAGCGUAUUACAAAAAAGUUAAUGUCAGUUGAUUUGGGGAAGAAAUCUUAAACAUCGGAAAACAUAUGAAGCGGUCUAAUAAUAAAGUGCAUUGCGUAAUGCAAAACUUGAACAGUUGAAAUCUCGCAAGUCAGAAAUAUAGCUAGACUCUGCUGAUCAUGUGGGACUUGUGUCGUUGCCGAAAGAUUUGUGGCAUUGCAUUGCUAAC